CCGUGUCUUCCCCAUUGGCUUAUAAACUCGUCGUGAAGAUGGCACAGAAGCACAUUGUCAUCCUCGGCGGCUCGUACAGUGGUGUCUCGACAGCCCACAAUGUCCUCAAACACAUUCUACCCAGCCUGCCCGAAAGCUCCACCUAUCAAGUCAUUCUAGUCAGCACCUCUUCACAUGCCAUGUGCCGGCCCGCUUGUCCUCGUGCACUCAUCUCGGACGACAUGUUCAACCAGGAUAAACUAUUUGUCAGCAUUCCCAAACAAUUUGAGCAAUACAAAUCUAGCUUCCGCUUCAUCCAUGGCACCGCGACCGAGCUCCAUCACGACCAACGAACCGUCUCGCUCGACAUCGCUGGAGAUAUUGAGCAGAUCGACUACUAUGCUCUUGUCAUCGCCACUGGUGCGUCCACAUACUCUCCACUCUUCGGCUUCAAUCGUGAUGAAGUCUUCCUACGCGAAAGCUGGACUGUCUUUCGAGAGGCAUUGCCAGCCGCGAGGAGUAUUGUUAUCGCGGGUGGCGGCCCUACCGGCGUAGAAACAGCUGGUGAAUUGGGCGAAUACCUGAAUGGCCGCGCAGGUUGGUUCAGCUCAAAGUUGUCACAUCCGAAAGUUGCCAUUACCCUCGUGAGUGCCGGCGACAACCUCUUGCCCAAUCUGCGCCCCGCCAUCGCGCAACAGGCAGAGACCUACUUCGCUCAAGUCGGCGUCACCGUUGUCAAGAAGGCGCGAGUGAAAAGCGCAGCUCCGCAGGGCCGCCAAGCACCCGCCCAUGACGAACAGUUCGACACAUCUCAUGGCCCAGGCAUCGACGAUGUUGCUGCUAAAGCAACGCUGAGUCUCGACAAUGGCACUACAAUCGAUGCAGACCUUUACGUCCCCGCCUUCGGCUCGCGCCCGAACACAUCUUUCGUCACCAGUCCCUUCCUUUUGACCGCCGAUCGCCGCAUCGCCACGAAUGCGUCCACCCUCCGCGUUGAUGCUGCCGGCCCGCGUGUAUAUGCAGUCGGCGAUGUAGGAUCCUACGCGCAGCCUGCCAUUCACCAGAUUCUCGCCGCCAUACCGGUCGUGACUGCCAAUAUCAAGCGCGAUCUAUUGUCGGCCUCUGGAAAGAACGUUGGUGGCGAGGAUAGAGUGUUCAAGGAGGACACGCGUGAAACGCAGAUGGUGCCGAUUGGGAAGAGCAAGGGCGUUGGCGCCGCCAUGGGUUACAAGUUGCCCAGCUUCAUGAUCUGGCUCAUCAAGGGACGCGAUUAUUGGCUGUGGACGACGGGAAAUUUGUGGAGUGGGAAACAGUGGGCUAAGGAGGGAUGAGUAUGCUCGCGGCACUAUGUGACGAAAUGAGCUAGAGCUAGUCUAGACAAGCCUCAGUUUAAGCGACAAGUGGGAUGGAUGAGCGUCACCCUGAAAGCAGAAACAGAACACGAUGAUUACCAGACAGACGUAACAACCUCAAACAAGUUCUCAAACUUGGCUCAGUAUAUCUUUAAGUCUUCACAAUGUGCGCCGAUGUACGCGAGGCACUCAAACCGGACAUGAAGGCAAGGGUAAUGUAAUCUCUUUGCAUUUAUUAAUCCGGGGCAGUCUAGCCGCCGGACUCAAAUGUCUUCGCCUGAAACGGAUAAUUAUAUUGCGACG